AAAUUAAUUCUGUCUGUCACAGGGUUUUUGUCAAUGGCAAAUGCUGGUCCAGACACCAACGGUUCACAAUUCUUCAUCACCACCGUCACAACUAGCUGGUUGGAUGGCAGACAUGUUGUGUUUGGAAAGGUGCUGUCUGGAAUGGAUGUGGUAUACAAGAUUGAAGCUGAAGGUAAGCAAAGCGGCACACCCAAGAGCAAAGUUGUGAUUGUAGACAGUGGCGAACUCCCGCUAUAAUUUCAGUCCUCGUUUCUAUUAUUAGUGAUACAAUGAAAACAGUGUUCGUUUAACAUGGUAGCAACAAUGACCCAUUUCUGUACUGGGGAUUUACCUUCUGUUUUUAUUUUCUACCAAGAAAAUGUUCUGUUUGAGUUGUUUGAGAUGGCCGAAAAAUCAUAAUGCUUGCCUAAUAAUAAAACGAAGAGGGAAGG